AUGUCUACAUCUAUCGCCACUGAGUCUACCUCCAGUUCUGGCAAAAUCACUCUUGAAGAAUACAAGCUUUCGCAACAACAGUCAGACCCACUAGCUUCAUUUUUUCAUCCGGUCCACUUUUGUGGCGACGAUGACGUAACUGAUAUCUCGACAGUUUCAAGAUCUACAGACGAUAGUAUAUCAGAAAAACUUUCAAAAAUGGAACUACAACAAUCCAACUCUGGUCGGAUCCCGAAAAAACAAAACAAAGUCAUCAAGAAACCUUACUCUCGUAAGACGGUAAUCACUCCACCUCGUACACCUGAGGUAUCUAGAAAUCCAAGGAAUCGUCCACAUGUUAAGACUAUUGUGAAAUCUGAUCAGCAAAAGCCGGUCAACAAAGAAAAGGCUACCCAACCUUGA